AGAGUAUAAAAAGGAGAGCUUGCCGAAUGAUGUUUCAUAAACUUCUUACAACUUGCAAAGAUGAAUUGGUCAACGCUUAUAUUAUGUUUAUUCGCAGUGGUACUUGAAGUUUCGAGUGUUGCACUAAAGAGCAAACCGACUACAAGUGUUUUCAGCACUGACAAUGCGCUUCAAACGUCUGACCUUGAGAAGGGAGGAUGGCAAAUGGUUUUCCGCGCAGCUUCCGGAAAUGGCGAUAGCGUUUACGACGCGUGGUUAAAAGGAACAAAGACAAAUGCUGAUAAGCCCGUCUCGAUGAAAAGAUCACACGCUUUGCACUACCGUAACCCUAUUGUUGAUAACUGGCCACAGCUUGGUGUGAAAUACGUAAAAUUUGCCUUCUACGACGAAGACAAAGAAGUUGCACACGUUAUUUUCGAUGGUGCGAAUAGUGACAUAAAGACCUGGUUCGCCAAACAAAACGUAUUGACCUCCAGCUGGCCGGAUCUGACCUCAACACAGUCAUACAAUUAUUUUUCUAUCGACGGUCAUUACAUGGUUGGUCGACAUGACAGGCGAUUCUUCAUCAAUAAGUUAUACGCAGGAUGUCCAGGAGAUCUCGGCUACUUGGCGGUGAUCAACUCAAAGACCCCGGCCGUUUGUUUGUGGGACAAUCAUGCUACAUAUCCACAGUUCAUUUAUUCCAAGUUUACCUCUGUAGACUACUUUGACAGACGCAUGUUUGGUACUGCUGACUUCAUGGCAAUUUUUAUAAAAACAAGCGUUUAAAGCGUUAGACUAUAUAUGCAUUUCUCUUUUAAAUGAAUUAAUUUACAGAGUUUAUGACGAUGCUAUACGAAAACCUAUAUCAAAACAAGCGCAGGUCAGUUGAUUAUAUGGUAAUUUUAAAUGAACAAGUAUAACACAAAAUAUUAUAUACGGCUUUUCUUCUCAAAACAAGUAAUUAACAUUAUUGCAACAAUUAUCAAGAACGAUGUUUGAAAAAAUGUAGACCAGCAGUUAUUGUAUUUUAUCAUUUCAUUUGAGUAUGUUUUGAUUUUUAGCAGUUACGAUAGAUAAGAAAAUGCUAUCAUAAGUAGAUUCUCAUGCAUAAUUUAGAUGAUAAUAUACAAUCUUUUAUAAGAUAUAUGUAUACCUUGAUAAUAUAACUUUAAUCUAUAGAACUCCAUGCUCAUUUACUUAUCUUUGUUUUUGUUUUUGCUUCUCUAUAUUUUGUUUAUAUGGUACAUAAGUUCUUUUUUAUGAAUUAUGUAUAUGUUUGCAAUAAAGAUAAAAUUUAAAACCAAAA